GUUAUCUUAGUAAUACCGUUCACUCUAGAAAGAGCGGUUCACGCAACGCGGUGUACCUAAUCCAUCACACAAUGAGAAACUUAAAACUUUGAAGGUUUUUGUUUCCGCUCUCAGGUGAACGUACUACUGCCUCGACAGGUACAGGUGGUGUGCAACCGUUUAUUUACCUACUGUUAGUUUAGUUUUAUAUUAUGGCAGUAUCAAAACAGUGUAAAUCAGUAUUGUGCUUUUUUUACGUGGGGCUGCUAUUUACAUCUGGUAUAUUAAUGUUUGGCGGCUGCAUUUAUUUAAGUUACAAAUUAUUCUCCUUUACGCACACAUUCAAAUUUGCACCCGCAGAAUGCGUAGGACCUUUCGUCUUAUUAACGUUACUUGCCAUCACGCACUGCGUUAUUUCCCGAUUUGGAUAUAACGGCGCGACGAAAGACAAUUUAAAACAUAUUCUUUGGUUUCAAAUGGGUUUGGCGGGGCAUAUGAUUUGCGAGAUUGCCAUUGGAAUAUGGUCAAUUAUUUUAAAUAGAAAAGCUGCUGUAACGUCAACAGUUAUGAUAACGGAUUCUUUUAACAGUUUCAUAAGUGACAAUUAUCACAAAUCAAGUUGGGAAUCUUUGCAACAGGAGUUGCAGUGUUGCGGAAUAGAUCAUCCAAAUGACUAUAAAAUACUUAAUCCCUCGAGCGGAUUUAUUCCAACAGCGUGUUGCGAAACCGAUCCAUGUACGCGCUUAUUUCAACACGGUUGCAAAGACCUUACAAUUCAAAGUGUCAAAAAGCUACUACUGGACAUUACAUUUAUAAGCUUCGGAUCAGCGUUGUUUAUGAUGCUAGGUAUAGUGUGCUUUUGUUAUUUGCGAAAAGCUAUUAAGCAGCAGACUAAAGCUGAAAUUAGCGAGAAAAGAAGAGCUCCUGGGGAGGCUAGCCGAAUGACUAAAUAAAGUAUGGGUAUUAAUGUGACACAGUCGGGGUCUUUUGGGGAGGAAACCGGCGGGCUUCCCGCAUGACAGCAGGCAUUUAUGAGUGUUUUAUAUUUUUAUUAUUAAGUAACUUUCGGCUGUGCCUUUCCUCCCCUCUUGAUGUGCCACAGUUUUGACAAAAGUAGCAUAUUGUACUUAAUAAGCAGCCAAGGUUAUCUUGGGUGCAUUCAAGUAAGACUGUAACAGAGUUCAAAUCUGCAAAGAUGAACAGUCACAAAUUCAUUAUUUUUAUUUGUCUUUUAAGACAUUGUGAUAUUUAUGUAAACCGUUUUUACAUCGAGAUUUUGACAACUAUUCAUUUUAAUAUUGUAUGAUGUCAUUAGAGAUAUAUGGUUUUUAGUUUAGUGUUAUGUAAGAAUUGUACCUAUAUUUCUACAUUAUCUAUUUAUACUGUUUUUAUUAAAAUAAACGACUGAAAAAUGUACCUACUACUGUUCAUGUAAGAACGUCAUGGUGCGUGUGCAAGAUCAGAAGUUAACCUGGCGAAUGCAUUCGCGGAACCCAUUUUGGAUCAACCUUUGUCAUCCCAAGGUACUUGUGGAAAAUUCGGAAAACCGUGUCUUCUGAAACCCAUACUAAAGCUGCUAAUUGUCGGUUUUUAGCCUUCCAUCCACCAGUUCCAAAAUUUACACA